CUUCGCCCGAUCACGGUGAGAACUGAGAAGAUAGUGUAUGAGACAUGAGUUCAGUUGAAGUGUCUGAUUGGGGACUAGAAAGUAGAAACACAAAGAGAAGACGAGUCCUCGAGAUUCCUAAACCAACUUUGCAAUCGCACCUCGAAUCAAUCGACACUAAGCGGAAACCCUAGAAAGUAAUAAUAAUAAUAAUAACAAUAGAAUGCGAAUUUAUUAGAGAUUGCAAAAGGUGGGAAGAGGAAUGGCGAAGCAUUCGGUGGCAAUGGCGAAGAAGCGGUGGCUGAUAAUGUUGGCGGCAUUCCUGUCCGUCUCAACAGUGACGGUGCUCUUAAUGAGAUCCAACAACUCCGAUUCCUGCAACACCAACCAUUUUACUAUUGCACAAGAUAAUAACCAGAUUCGUUCCCCUGUCCAACUCACUAAUGCCGCUUCCAGCCCCCUUAAUUUCAUGAAGUCCAAGCUAGUUCUCAUGGUUUCGCAUGAGCUUUCUCUUUCAGGAGGGCCUUUGCUUCUGAUGGAGUUGGCGUUUCUGUUGAGAGGCGUUGGUUCCGAUGUCGUUUGGAUCACUAAUCAGAAACCUUCGGAACAUGAUCAGGUUAUUUACAGUUUGGAAAGCAAGAUGUUAGACAGAGGAGUGCAGGUCCUGUCUGCCAAAGGUGAAAAGGCUAUAGAUACAGCUCUCAAAGCAGAUAUGGUCAUUCUAAAUACUGCUGUAGCUGGGAAGUGGCUGGAUGCCGUUCUCAAGGAAAAAGUUGCCCAUGUUCUUCCAAAGGUUUUAUGGUGGAUUCAUGAAAUGCGAGGGCAUUAUUUCAAAGUGGAAUAUGUUAAGCACCUCCCUUUUGUUGCAGGUGCCAUGAUUGAUUCACAUACAACUGCAGAGUACUGGAAGAAUAGGACUAGGGAGCGUUUAGGGAUUAAAAUGCCUGAAACUUUUGUUGUACAUCUUGGAAAUAGCAAGGAGCUUAUGGAAGUUGCAGAAGAUAGUGUGGCAAAGAGAGUUCUUCGUGAGCAUGUUCGGGAAUCUCUUGGAGUGAGAAAUGAUGAUCUACUUUUUGCCAUCAUAAAUAGUGUUUCUCGUGGUAAAGGGCAGGAUCUAUUUCUUCACUCCUUUUAUGAAAGUUUGCAACUCAUUCAGGAGAAGAAACUCCAGUUGCCAUCUUUGCAUGCUGUGGUAGUAGGGAGUGAUAUGAAUGCUCAGACAAAGUUUGAAAUGGAACUUCGCAAAUUUGUUGUUGAAAAAAAGAUUCAGAAUCAUGUUCACUUUGUUAACAAAACCCUGGCUGUGGCUCCUUACCUGGCUGCUGUUGAUGUUCUUGUUCAGAAUUCUCAGGCACGGGGAGAAUGUUUUGGAAGGAUAACCAUUGAAGCAAUGGCAUUUCGGCUGCCUGUACUGGGAACUGCUGCUGGAGGCACGAUGGAGAUUGUGGUGAAUGGGACAACCGGUUUGCUGCAUCCUGUUGGGAAAGAAGGCGUGACACCUCUCGCGGAGAACAUUGUGAAAUUGGCUAGUCAUGUUGAGAAGAGGCUAACAAUGGGAAAGAAAGGGUAUGAAAGAGUGAAGGAGAGGUUUCUGGAGCACCAUAUGUCGCAGAGAAUUGCAUUGGUUCUGAAGGAAGUUUUACAGAAGGCUAGGCAAUAGACAUUAAAUUAACCAGGUUAGGUACUUCACUGUUAAAUUGUAUAUUUAUUCCACAGGAAAAAGUGAAUGGUUUGGUGAGAAUGAAUUGUAUAUCCAAUGUCCUUUAUACAAUACAGGAAUGCGAGCAAGUCUGACACUCUUUUUGACACGUACUUCAUUAUUAGUUGAAAUGGAUGUAAAACUCGCUAAAUAAAGUGGCUAUCACUCUAUUUGGCAAGUUUAACAUAAAUUUCAACUAAUAAUAAUUGUGUUUUAGCUAAAGAAAAAAUAGAGUAUGUUGACAAUAGUGCAUUGCUAAUAUUUCUUUGUAUCCAUUGAGAUGAGAUACAAUUAUUUUCCAUGUAUCGGGGCGCUUCUUGUUUUGUUUGCCAGGAGCAUCAAGACAAGGAAUUUUUGCGAUUGUGGCUGA